AUGGUUUCUUUGAGAUAUUUAAUAGGAGCAAAGUUCGAACAAGUUGACACAGUUUUUUUUUACUUCAGAAAAGUAUCUAAGCGUCGGUACUUGUAGUAUUUUCGGCGCGUACAACUGACACCACUUCUAUUUCAGACUUAACAUGGGAGCUUACGAAUUUGUUUCAGCUUUCGUCCCAAGAAUGUCCAUCAUUCUUUGGAUCAGCCCUCGGCUCUACUGAAGAAAUAAACGAUCAAACUUAUAUCCCCAAAUUACCUAGCGAAUUGCCGCCAGAGCACUCAUCGAGCCAUAGUUGGUUAUCUGAAGAUACAUUCAAAGAUGGUGAAACACCUGUUUCUGUUUGUCCAGCUAUAAAUACUGGAGAAGCGUCGCUACAUGCAGAACUCGAGACUAACGUGUCUCCAUAUGAUAACAAGAUAUCGUCAUCUUCAUCCUCUUUCUCGGAAGGUGAGCCUGAACCAACUGAUGUCGAACGACAAAAAAAGUUAAUAUGGAUAGACCAAUCGCAUGAUCUAUCAAGUUACUCUGGACUGGGUACCCGCUCAAAUGGACCAAGCUCAACAUUAGAGGAUGUCGAUGGGGUGCGUAUGCGCCUCGAGAAACGCAAACGACGUAUCUCCACAAAAAAUUUGCUGUCGGAAGAUUUAUGUGAAACAAAACGGGUAAGAAAUACAAUAGCUGCAAGAAGAUACAGACAAAGAAGACAAAAAGAAGUUGAAAUUCUUGAUAAAAAGGUUAAGGAACUUGAACAUGAACUUUCCACUACCAAAAUGGAGACUAAAUGGUGGCAGAUGGAGGCACAAAGAUGGCAAAAAUUAGCUGAGAAAAGGGAGGAAAAGUAG